AUGUCUCUCGAUGCAUCUUCCUUAUUCUCUGUUCGAGGCACUGUCGCCGUCAUCACUGGUGGCGGAUCCGGCCUUGGUCGCACCAUUGCCCUCGCUCUCGAUACAAAUCAUGCAUCCAAAGUCUUCAUUCUCGGUCGUCGGGAGCAUGUUCUUCAAGAAGCCUGCGCCCAGGCAUCAAACCACUCCCUUAUUCCCGUCCCAACAGACGUCACCUCCAAGGAGUCCCUCGAGGCAGCGUACCGCACCAUCGCAGCCCAGACUGACCAUAUUGACCUCCUCAUCGUGAAUAGCGGCAUCGUGGGCCCUCCUACCUGUCUUCCUCCGAAUCCCACAUCCAGACCCUUCACCCCCCCAACUCUCCGGGAAUUUCGCGACCACCACUUUUCUCACCCCAUGGACUCAUUCACCCGUGUCUUCGAUGUGAACAUUACAGGAAGCCACUACACUAUUCUCGCUUUUCUUCCUCUCCUUGCAAACGCAAAUCUCUCCCGCCCCCCUCCACAACAAGACACCGUGUCUCCACCCCGCCCACAGGUCAUCAUCACCAGCUCGAUCGGCGCGCUGGUGAAUCGCCCUGCCGGGUUUGCAUACGGUUUAUCAAAGGCAGCUCUUCUGCAUAUGGUUUCAAUAUGGUGUUCGUUUCUGGCAGAUCAUCAAAUCAGAGUCAAUGGCAUUGCACCUGGUUUGUUCUAUUCUGAUAUGACCUGUCCGCUUUAUCAGCGGUUCAGGAUCGCAGGGACAGGCGUGUCUGACGGCUCGUUUCCGGCUACGCAUAUCCCUCUCACUAGAGGUGGCGGGGAGGUUGAUAUUGCGGGAUUGGUGCUCUGGAUGGCGAGUUUUUCGGGUGGAUAUUUGAAUGGGGAGACGAUUGUGUUGGAUGGGGGGAAGAGGAGGGUUGUUAUUUGA